CGCCUGAAUCCCGAGGACAUGCGCGCUGCACAGGAGGAGGAGGAGGAGGAGGUGUUACACAGACUGCUUUCUUCUCCUCAUGAUUUGACUCCAUGAUCACUCAGUUAUGUUGCGGAACUCUCAUUUUCUCAUCGCUUGUUACUGUGGAAGAGGGAAAAAGUGAGGUUUUUCUUUCUCUUUAAUAAGCCUACAUAGCAUUUUUUUUUUAAUUUGAUAUCUUUUUGCGCUUUUGGAGCUGUUAGUUUCAAGCAAUCGGGAGUAUUAUUAUUAGAUUUUUCUAAUAAUCGAUCCUCUCCGCCGCAACCCUGAAGUUCAUUGUUAUUAUCUUGGCCGCCGGGAUGGUGGCCUUCAUCGGAGCGGUUAUCUGCAUCAUCGCAGCCGUCCACACCGGAUCCUCCAGGGCUGCGGCGGCUCAACAGCAACCAGCAACCGACAACCACUCUCUGUAUACGGACGCGGCGGCGCAGACCCCCGCUGCGGGGGGCUCUGUGGCCCGGGUCGGAUCUCUGGGCGCUCUCCACGGUUCUGAAACACCGGAUUCAGAAGCACCGACUUUUAACAUCGGGCUCGGCGGGCUGGACGGGGUCACUGGACUCACGGGGCACGACCCAAAAGUGAGUCGACUUAUCUGCACGCCGAUCCCCGCCGGUGAGUGCAACCUGAAAAACUUUCAGCAACAAGCGGACGACCCUGGGCUUUACGCGGGGGAAGACUGGGGCUACCUUCGCACCAAAGCGGAGGAGCUCCGGAAGACCGUCUUACAACAAAAGGACCAGAUAUUAACGGACCAGCGGACCAUCAGAGAGCUGACAGGGAAACUGUCCGAGUGCGAGAAGGGACUGGACGGCGGUAGCAGCAGCAGCAGCGCGGACAGACGCGGGAGCGCAGCGGGGCUGUUGGGGGAAAAAAGUACGCCAGAGGAGACCCACCUGGAGCGGAUCAUGGUUCGGGACAGUCCGGUUUCGACGCCCGACAGUGCCCACCUGCUCACCGUCAGGGCUGUGGAUGAGCUGGAGCAGGCUAUCACACAGCUCAAGGACCGCAUAGAGAAGCUGGAGACGGACAGCAGCACCUCAGGGGUGCCGGGGGAAGACGGGACGUCGGGCGGCCCUUAUCCUGGGCACAGAGGUGGAGCUGGCGGACCCUGGAGGAUGGACGCCUUGGAGGGGGAGCUGGAGAGGAAGGUGGAGCUGCUGGAUAAAGAGAGAAAAGCCCUGCGGCUGGAAACAGAGAAGCACAGACAGGAAAUUGACCAGGGCAUCAAUAAACUAAAACAUCGUGUCUCAGGGCUGGAGGAAGGUACCUCAGGCCAUUCCUUCCCACAGGGAUACAGGCUGUCCUUCCCCACCAGGACAAACUACAUGUACGCUGUGGUGAAGCACUCCGUCCCCAAGCUCCGGGCCUUCACCGUGUGCCUGUGGCUGCGGCCCGCAGAGGGAGGAAUCGGUACGCCUCUGUCCUACGCUGUUCCAGAACAACCCAACGAGCUCGUGCUGCUGCAGGGCCUGCACACGGCCGCUGAGCUGCUCAUCAACGACAAGGUGGCGCAGUUGCCUCUGAACCUCUCCAGAGGCAGCUGGCAGCACAUCUGUGUGAGCUGGAGCCAGAAGGGAGGAGCCUGGCAGGCGUACCAGGGGGGAAAGCUGAGGGGCGAAGGUCAUGCACUGGCUGCUGGACAUCACAUCAGACCUGGAGGAGUGCUCAUACUGGGACAGGAGCAGGAUUCUUUGGCCGGAGGUUUUGAUUCAACCCAGGCCCUGGUCGGAGAGCUGUCCCAGGUGGGUGUCUGGGAUCGCGUCUUGUCCUCCAGCCAGGUGGCUAGCUUGGCUCGCUGCAGCAAAGUGACCCAGGGCAGUGUGGCCCCCUGGACCGAAAAUGGGAUUGAGGUUCAUGGUGGAGCAACGAAAGACCCGGGGGAGCCAUGUAGUAAACACACGAGGAGUUCUCACCAAUGACCAAUGGGGGAAGGAUUCUAGCCUAGUCGGGGACUGAGGGGUAAAGCUUGACGCCGUUAAUGUUUCCAAUAACUCUAUGUGGCAUGGACUUAAAAGUAUGAAAAAAUUAAGUAAAUUGGGUAUACAGUAUAUUUGACAUGAUAUGAGUAGAGACUUCAUUACGUUGCUUUUUUUUUUUACUCAAUACAGUAAAAAGUUAUUUUCUCAUAAUAAAGAUUAAGGCUGCACUAAACUACCUUACUGGAUUCACUUAAUUAGCAAACAAGCUAGCAGCCUACUAAGCAAAGAGGAAGUCAUGUUAAUUGAAGAAUACUUGCAAACAACUUAACACUCUGCUAGCUCUGAAUUAUUCCCACAGUGAUGGUUUGAUGACCAAAACUAUUACAACUAGCUUAUUAAGAAACUGCCAUUACACAACUAUUAAAUACAGUGUUACACAUAAGAAUAGAGAGAAACCACUCAUGUCUGUACAGUAGAUAUGAAUCUUUUGUCCACAGACAGCUAACAAAGCUUAGCAUAGAGUAGAAGAAACAGGGAACAGCUAGCUUGGCUAAACCCAAAGCACACUAAAUUUGAAUUUCAAUAAUUAGCCAGCGACAUAAUAUAAAUGGCGAGCUUAGGGAUAGAUAAUGUCUACUUACUAUUCAUUCCGUUGAGUGUUUCAGAGAUUCAUCCAGGUGUUUGCGGCUUCUGUAGAAUUGUAAACCUCCAAUAUGGCUGGCAGAAGUUGUAACAAGCCGGCUGAAAUUCCUCAAUGAGUCCAAAUAGGUCAGACGGCCGUGAAAGCUUUAGAGCUCUGAGUCGAGGUAGGGUAAAAUCUUUCUGAAUAUUAAGUAGUAGAUGGAAACUAGGACUAGAUGAUGAAAGAGAAGGGAACGAGGGAUGAAAAUAACAAAGAUCCGGCUUUUUUAAGGAAUGAUGCUACGUUGUUUUCACCUCUGCAUGAUGUAUUCAAUUCACCUGUACUGUCUAAUCACGAGUGUCGCAAACGAUGCCUCCUGCAUCAUGUCUGGCAGCUGGUGUCUCUGUGUCUGUCUGUCAAGGCCAAACUAAUAAAAAGUAAGUCACCAUACUCCCCAAGAAGUCACCACCACAAGCCGGAUGUUUUAGAUAUUAUACACAAAACGUAUUUCCCAAUAGACACAAUGGACUCUGCGAUUUUAACAGUAUUGGAAACUGAAUGGUUUUAUUUUCUUUUUUUCACGCAAUCACUCAAAAAUGUGGUUUAAUGAAUGAACAACCUUCAACCUCCAACUCUUCCAACAUUACAUUCCAUGCAUGAGUUGUUUUGUGCGUUUGCAACAUGCCUCGAUGCAUCACGUAUGUUUCUGAAGAGCCAUCUCUGAUAAUAUUUGAAAUCCAGAAAACACUCUGAAGAUUAUAAGAGUUGUUCCGAUGCAUCAGCCUCCGAUACAGCCUAAAAUACAAUAUUGUGAUACUAAAACCAAUUUGUCUCCCAUGAUGAAGGUUUGGGUUGAACGUUUUAAAAUUAGAAACAACCACAUUGUGUUGCUGGCAGAGAAUGUAAUGUUAGUCAAAAUGUCAGCAAUCAGCAUUUUUCCAUCAACAUUUUGUAUUUUUUAUUGACUUAUAUUGGAGAAGUACUAUAUUGGAACCUGUAUCAGGAAAGGAAAUAAUUAUGUGUCGGAACAUCUCUUAUGAUUUUUCUCCAUUGUUGUAUGAUGUUAAAUGCAGAGUUUUCAUUUCUAAAAUGUCUAUACUACUGGCUCUCCCUACUAGCAUUACAAUAAUCCAGAGUGGAAAGUGCCUGUUAGGGUUUUUUGUACCCAUUUAAACGAUCACCAGAUGUAUAAUCCUGAUGUAAAAAAACCAAGGGGUAUUUUGAAAUUAUUUAGCAUCAGUGUUUUUGCAAAUUCCCUAGUGAGUUUUAAAGAUUUAAAAGGUCAGAUUUUAAAAAAGAGAUUCAGACACAUUUAUGCACAUCGCCGCCAAACUGAUGCUAAAUCACGUCAAAAUCGUUUUGCUGCGCCUCUAAUGUCUUUGAUGAUGCCUUUCAGUCUGUGUUAUUGAUAUUAUGCCUGAUGUCUGUUCAGCUCAUGCCAGAGCUUUUUGUUUGUCUGGCAUUAUUCCGUUUACAAUCAUUGGAACUGAAAGCUUUUUGUUAGCUCUAUCUGUAAAGGCUUUCUUUUCUUACAUGACGAUUUGAUGAUUUUCUUUCAAUGUAUGCAUUAAUGUUAUCUUUCAUGUUGUUUG